AUGAUGAGUGGCUUUGCGCUUCUCUCAGCGACGGGUGAAGCAGUGGGGAUUACACUGGACCCCGCCAUAACGUCCCAGUCCAUGUGGCUGCAGGCGGCGGCCGGUAUCGGCGAGGAGGAAGGCGUUGUACCGGUCGCGAGCACAUCGACGCUGCGCUGCCUGGUGGCGUACAUGCAGCACUACGCCGUGCACCGGGAAGAACACCAGCAGGAGGUUGAGCUUCCCAUUUCGUGCACCUGCAGCACCAGUGCUGCUGGACUGGGGUACGACGUGCGUGCCAUUCUGUCGCCAUGCGACAUUGCCUUCCUAGACAACUGCGUCGGCCCGGGUGAGACGUGGGGCCUGGAGUCACAAGAUCUGCUUCUGGAACUGAUGGUGGCUGCGGACUUUGUGGGGCACAGUCACUUGAGCAAGGCGUGUGCGGCGUAUCUUUGCUGUCGGCUCAUGUCUGCAACAGAGCCUGAGAUUCUGGGGUGGUUUGGGAAGGGGACAGAGGGCGACAGGGGGAAUAGUGAUCUGGUGUGGGACGGUGGCGAAGGCGAGGGGAUGCUCCUGCUUCGCGACGAGGCACGUCUCCAUGUGCUGGAAGAAAUGAAGAAAAUCAUCGAUAUAGAGGAGUGA